AUGACAUCAUUAACUAUUCCUGCUGAAUGGCUUAUUCCACACAAAUUUCCUAAUCAAUGGAUAUUUCAAUGUUCUAUCAGUUUACGUAAUCUUGUGUUAACUAAUCGAGCUGGUCAAUUUUUUCGACAACUUGUUACUUUUCUUGAACAGGUUCAUCAAUUAAUUGAUUAUCAUCUUGAACUUCAAUAUAAUCCUCAACGAAAUAAUGAGUUAGAUGUAUGGAUUUGUUUCGGUAAGCCUCAUCGUGCAUCAAAACCAACAUUGACUCCUGUCUGUAUAUCAUGUGAAUUAACACAUGAAUUAAGUAUGACUACUUUAUUAUCUGAACAAGAAUAUACUCGUGCAUGGCUUGAUGCCACCGCUCGAGCAAUGCUUAUUUUAACACCAAUUCGACAUGUUGAACGUUUGUCAGAAUUAACCGAUGAAAAUGGAGAAAUGGAAGCAUUUUGGUAUGAUGCUAUUAAAUUAAUUGAUAGAGAAUGUAAUCAACUAGAAAUAUGUUAUCGAGCUAUUGUUCUUAAUCAUGGAACAUAUCGAAAUCAUUCACAUUUACAUUUAAAAAUUAAGGUUACAGAUGAUACAUGGAAUAGAAUAAUAGCUCCUCGACAUAGGGAAAAAAUUCAAAAGAUUAACCAAUUGUUACAAAAAUCGUCUGUUAUAGAAGACUGUUUUGGACCAAGGUAUUAUAAGAGGCUAACAAAAUCAAAAAUACCAGACGAAAAACUUCAUAGUUCAAAUCAGGAUGCUAAAGUUUAA